AUACCGUCCCAAAGAAAGCAUGGACCUCUUUUGUGCAGCUAAGUCCUACUUCCAGCCCUUCUGCUAUGAUGGCUUCCAGGAGAGCAGCAGCAGCAGCUACAGCUUCUCCAGCGACCUCCUGCCAUCUCUGGGAGCAAACAUUAACCAAUCAGUCAAGCUAAGAAAGUUCAUAAUAUCACCUUAUAAUCCUCGGUACAGAGCAUGGCAGAUAUUCCUGAUCCCCCUGGUUAUUUAUUCAGCAUGGAUUUGCCCAUAUGAACUUGCGUUUCUGAGACACUACCCAGCCAAACUUCUCUGGGUUGAGAACAUCCUGAAUAGCUUUUUUGCAGUAGAUAUUAUACUCACCUUCUUUGUUGCCUAUCUUGAUCGUAAAUCAUAUCUCCUGACUGAUGAUCCAAAGAAAAUUGCAGCCAGAUAUCUAUCCUCCUGGUUCAUCUUCGACAUCUUAUCCACGGCUCCAUUUCAACUAAUCAGCUUUCUCUCUGAUAGCAGUGUGAAUGGCCUUGGUUUUAAGAUACUCAAUAUGCUCAGACUAUGGCGGCUACGUCGAAUCAGUUCAUUCUUCUCCAGGCUUGAGAAGGAUAUCAGAUUCAACUAUUUCUGGACUCGAUGCACAAAGCUCAUCUUAGUUACUCUCUUUGCUGUGCACUGUGCUGGAUGCUUCAAUUAUCUAAUUGCUGACCGGUACCCGAAUCCAGAGAGAACAUCAAUAGGAGCAGUAAUGCCCAACUUCAAAUCAGAAAGCUUGUGGACCAGAUAUGUCACUGCAAUUUACUGGUCCAUUACAACACUGACAACAACUGGUUAUGGAGACAUCCAUGCUGAGAACUCGACAGAAAUGCUGUUCUACAUCUUCUACAUGCUGUUUAAUUUGGCAUUGACAGCUUACCUCAUCGGAAACAUGACGAACCUCGUUGUUCAUGGAACCAACCGCACCCGAAACUUCAGGGACACAAUCCAAGCUGCUUCUGAGUUUGCUGCAAGAAAUCAUUUGUCCCAGAACAUAAGGUGUCAAAUGCUCUCUCACAUAUGCUUAAGAUUCAAAACAGAGGGGCUAAAACAGCAAGAAACCUUGAAUAGUCUCCCCAAGGGUGUUCGUACAAGUAUAGCAUGUUAUUUGUUCUAUCCAAUUGUACAACAAGUCUACCUCUUCCGUGGAGUUUCCCGCAACUUCCUUUAUCAACUGGUGACAGAGAUGCAGGCUGAGUAUUUUCCACCAAGGGAAGAUGUUAUCCUGCACAAAGAGACACCAACAGAUCUCUACAUAUUGGUAACAGGAGCAGUGGAUUUGAGAUCGAAUAUUCAUGGGAAUGAGCAAAUUCAUAAAAGGGUUGCCGCAGGGGAAGUAUUUGGGGAGAUAGGUGUUCUAUGUCACACGCCACAACCAUAUACUGCACGCACUGUUGAACUCUCGCAAAUUCUAAGGCUGAGCAGCAGCACGUUCAUGAACAUGAUCCAGGAAAAUGCAGGAGAUGGAAUCAUCAUUAUGAACAAUCUUUUGCAGAAGCUGAAACUAGAACAAAGCCCAUCUGCUGGAGUAGAAGAGAGCAGUCAUUUGCUCAAAGAGAUGUUAAAAGGAGAAAAUUGGAGCUUCUCUUCUUGCUACCAGGACUACAAACUCCAAGAACAACCAUCGUGGGAAUCAAUGGAAGGAAGAAACAACCCAUGCACAGUAUCAGGGAAUGAUAGAUGGGACACAUCAUAUGAUUUGUAUGGGACUGAUGUAAAUUUAACCCAUACACCCAUACAUGCAGCACUGCGUAGGUGUGACAAAAUGGGAAACAGCAAAAUUGUCGAACUGGAUCAGGAAGCAAACAGGGAUGGACUAGACGUCAGUGAUCGGACACCAAUGGAUUUGGCAGAGAAUGCCGAAAAUAAUAAUAUCUGCAAAUUGUCAUUGAGAUACAACAACGGAAUGUCCAUGACGGAGGAUCAACAGUUCGCAAACAUCAAUAACACAAACAGUGCAAUUGAAAGCUAUGAAGAGCAGAGCCAGAUAUUUAUGCACUCAAAGAUACCUUACAAAAUGAAGAAUGCAUCUUCAAGGAGUGGUUGUAGUUCAGUUGAUACCGAUAAAAGGCAAACCGUCAGCAAAAGAGUCGUCAUUCAUAUGCAUAAAACAAAGUCGAGAAGUUCAAGAGAACUCAUGGGGAAACUCAUCAACUUACCUGAUUCUCUUGAGGAGCUCUUCAAAAUCACUGGCCAGAAGUUCAACGUUGAUCAACCUACAAUGGUCGUCAAUCAAGAUGAUGCAGAAAUAGAUGACAUUGCAGUUAUUCGAGACGGGGACCAUUUAUUUCUCCUAUAGCAGGUUGAUGAUGUCUACACAAGUAACAUAACAUGAUCUCCAAAUUUUCUGUCACCAAUUUUAGCACUAACCUUAACAUAUACAACCUCAAGUAGACCUCAUUUAUGCCAAGAGAAGGUCAAAAACCAUUAAGCAAAAUCUUUCUUCCAGUCCCUAAUUGUAUAUGGUGCCAGAAGUUGCAAGCUGCAGAAAUAAUCAGCUGAGAAUGGCACUUUAUGCAGAAUACAAUUUUAUUCUUUGAUUUUUUAUUUUAUUUUCUUUUAUUUGUAUUGUUGAGCACAACCUAUACAAAGGAAGAAGUUUAUUAUCUCCAAACAAAGGGAUAUAGAUGGUCCAGUGUUUACCCCUA